CCGGGCCUCGCCGGAGAAAGCGACGGAGAAGCGCGAAGAGCGGGGGUGGAAGAAAGGGCAGCCCAGUAAAAAUGGAGAAGCUCUUCACUAUAAAAGGGCCCCCCCGCCGAUGCCCAUAUCAUCUGGAACUUAACCAUUCCCUCCCCCUUCUUCUCAAAUCAAUAAAUAAGGAAAAACACAAUCAUUGGAUAGGUUGAGCUCCGCCACUGGCAGCGGUGGUGGGCAGGAUAUUAUAAUCACCGCAGGAGGAGGAGAAGGAGGAGGAGGAGGAGCCACCUGCCCGGCCAGCCGCCCGAUCACCGGAUUCCGCCGCGCCAUGAUGAGGAAGUCCUUGCUGGCGGCCGCCGCCACAGCGCUGCUCUGCCUCUCUCUGGCGAACGCCGAGGACCCCUACGUGUUCUACGAGUGGAAGGUGACCUAUGGGACCCUCUCCCCGUUGGGCAUCCCCCAGCAAGUGAUUCUCAUCAACGGCCAAUUCCCCGGUCCCAGAAUCAACUGCACGUCGAACAACAACAUCGUCGUCAACGUCUUCAACCAACUCGACGAGCCGUUUCUGCUCACCUGGAAUGGUAUCCAGCAGAGGAAAAAUUCGUGGGUCGAUGGAACCCCCGGCACCAUGUGCCCCAUCCUGCCGGGAUCCAACUUCACCUACAAGUUCCAGGUGAAGGACCAGAUUGGCAGCUAUUACUAUUUCCCGACGACGGCCAUGCACCGGGCGGCCGGCGGCGUUGGCCCCAUCAGCGUUCACAGCCGUGCUCUCAUCCCCGUCCCCUUCGACACACCGGCCGAUGAUUUCUCCGUCUUGGUCGGCGAUUGGUACCUGAAGGGCCACAAAGCCCUCGCAGGUUUGUUGAACGGACCCAACCCGCUUGGGCUCCCGGACGGGAUUCAGAUCAACGGCAAGUCGGGCAAGGUUGGGGAGAAGAUGGAGCCGUUGUUCACCAUGGAAGCCGGGAAGACUUACAGGUACAGAUUUUGCAAUAUUGGGAUGAGGACUUCCAUUAACGUCCGGUUCCAAGGUCAUGCGAUGAAGGUGGUGGAGAUCGAGGGUUCCCACACCGUUCAGAACGUCUAUGACUCUCUCGAUGUUCACGUCGGCCAGUGCUUGUCCGUGUUGGUCACCGCCAACCAGAACCCGAAAGACUAUUACCUGGUGGCGUCGAGCCGGUUCUCCAAGAAAGAGUUGAUGACCGUCGGCAUUGUUCGCUACGCCAACGGGAAGGGGCCGGUGUCUCUGGAUCUGCCAUCACCGCCACCGAAGAGCGCUGCCGGCAUCGCCUGGUCGCUCAACCAGUUUCGCAGCUUCCGGUGGAACCUGACCGCCAGCGCCGCCCGGCCCAACCCCCAGGGAUCCUACCACUACGGCGACAUCAAGAUCACCCGCACCAUCAAGCUCAUCAACCGGAUGGCCAACAAGGACGGCAAGCUUGUCUACACCGUCAACGGCGUCUCCCACGUCCCCACUGCCACUCCGCUCAAGCUCGCCGAGUACUUCGGCGUCGCCGACAAGGUCUUCAAGUACGACAUCAUCAAGGACAGCCCCGAUGAGGCUGAACCCGCGAAGGUGAUCCUGCAACCGAACGUGUUGAACGCGACCUUCCGGAACUUCGUAGAGAUCAUCUUCGAGAACCACGAGAAGUCGAUCCAGACAUGGCACCUGGACGGCCACUCGUUCUUCGCGGUGGCGAUCGAGCCGGGGAGCUGGACGCCGGAGAAGAGGAAGAACUACAACCUGGUGGACGCGGUGAGCAGGCACACGAUCCAGGUUUACCAUAACUCGUGGGCGGCGAUCUUGACGACGCUAGACAACGCCGGAAUGUGGAACCUGAGAUCAGAGAUGAGGGAGAGAGCGAGCAGAGGGCAGCAGCUGUACAUCAGCGUGCUGUCGCCGGAGAGAUCUCUCAGAGACGAAUACAACAUUCCGGACAACGCCGAGCUCUGCGGCAUCGUGAAGGGGUUGCCAGAGCCGACGCCAUACACCAUCUAAUUAAGCUGAACUUGCCUUGCAUCUCCACGCCUCGAUCGAUCCUUCUUUCCGUUAAUGUCUUCUCUUUAUAUAAAAUUAAAGAAGAACAAUUUGAAAGUAUGAGAGAGAGAGAGAGAGGGUAGCGGGGAUGAUGAUCGGAGCACGGCCGAUGAAGCAAGUCUCAGAUCACUACCUCUGUUCCAAGAUAUUUAUUCAAUCUAUCUCAAUUGUGUUUUCGAACAAAUUUCUCUUCU